UUACCCACGCUUCGAAAUGACCAAAAAACUACCAUAUCCUGCGUUUUUUUAACGUUAAUCAUCUUUCCUCUGCUCAAAUCAUUUUUCACUCAGGCUUCGCAAAACCAUGGCGUCUAUGGCAUCUGUCUUCCGUCGAAAAUUCUUCCACAAGCCUUUCCUUAUCCAGAUAAGACUAUUCUCCGUCGAAUCGCCUUCUCAUGGCAAAAAAACGACUCAACGGUUAGAGAAAAUUUUGGUGGCGAACAGAGGUGAAAUUGCUUGCAGAAUCAUGAGGACUGCGAAGCGACUAGGGAUUCGAACUGUGGCCAUUUACAGCGACGCCGAUAGAGACUCGCUUCAUGUUAAAACAGCUGAUGAGGCGGUUCAUAUAGGUCCACCUCCGGCUCGGUUGAGUUAUUUGAAUGGAUCAUCCAUUGUUGAGGCUGCCAUUCGUACUGGUGCUCAGGCGAUACACCCUGGUUAUGGUUUCUUAUCAGAGAGUGCCGACUUCGCUAAACUUUGUGAAGAUAAGGCUCUUAUAUUUAUUGGCCCUCCAGCUUCAGCGAUUCGGGAUAUGGGUGAUAAAAGUGCUUCCAAGAGGAUAAUGGGUGCUGCAGGGGUGCCGCUUGUGCCUGGAUAUCAUGGCAGUGAGCAAGAUAUUGAGCUCAUGAAGUCAGAAGCAGAUAAAAUCGGAUACCCCAUCUUGAUCAAGCCGACCCAUGGAGGUGGGGGAAAGGGUAUGAGGAUUGUGCAAAGUCCAAAUGAAUUUGUUGAUUCUUUCUUGGGAGCACAACGUGAGGCUGCUGCUUCUUUUGGUAUAAAUACAAUUUUGCUGGAGAAAUACAUUACACAGCCAAGACAUAUAGAAGUCCAGAUAUUUGGAGACAAACUUGGAAAUGUACUGCAUUUAUAUGAAAGAGAUUGUAGCAUACAGAGAAGACAUCAGAAAAUAAUUGAAGAAGCUCCAGCUCCAAAUGUUAUGAAUGACUUCCGCUCCCAGUUGGGUCAGGCUGCUGUUUCUGCAGCCAAGGCAGUUGGUUACCACAAUGCUGGAACUGUGGAGUUUAUUGUUGACAAAGUCUCUGGCCAAUUUUAUUUUAUGGAGAUGAACACACGCCUUCAGGUUGAGCAUCCGGUCACAGAGAUGAUUGUUGGCCAGGAUCUUGUAGAAUGGCAAAUCUGUGUUGCAAAUGGAGAACCACUUCCUCUCAGUCAGUCACAGGUGCCAUUGUUGGGUCAUGCAUUUGAAACCCGAAUAUAUGCUGAAAAUGUUCCUAAAGGAUUUCUUCCUGCAACUGGAGUUCUUCAUCAUUAUCGACCUGCUGCUGUCUCAUCAACAGUUCGGGUUGAGACUGGAGUCGAAGAGGGGGACACUGUUAGCAUGCACUAUGAUCCUAUGAUUGCAAAGCUUGUAGUCUGGGGAGAAAACCGUGCUGCAGCAUUAAUCAAACUGAAAGAUUGUCUAUCAAAAUUUCAGGUAGCAGGAGUGCCAACUAAUAUCAGUUUUCUCCAAAAACUUGCUGACCAUAGGUCAUUUGAAGAAGGCGAGGUGGAAACCCACUUUAUUGAGCACCAUAAAGAUGAUCUCUUUACUGAUCCUAACAAUUCAUUGUUAGCUAAGGAGGCAUAUAAUAGUGCCAGAUUCAGUGCAGCUCUGUUAGCUGCAUGUCUUUGUGAAAAGGAACAUUCUGCUUUGAAGGAAAGUCCUCCUGGGGGCAACAGCUUACACUCCAUAUGGUAUUCUCAUCCCCCAUUCAGAGUCCAUCACCUAGCUAGGCGUACUAUGGUAUUCGAGUGGGACAAUGAAUAUGAUAGUAGCGGCUUAAAGCUUUUGACAGUUGAUAUCAUGUACCAGCCGGAUGGGAACUAUUUGAUCAAGAUAGGAGAAAUCAGUUCUCCUGGUUUGGAAGUCAAAGCAAUGUAUCUGCAUGAUGACAAUUUUCGAGUUGAGGCUGAUGGUAUAAGCAUGAAUGUUAAUUUGGCUGCGUAUUCAAAGGAUGAGACAAGGCACCUUCAUAUAUGGCAUGCGUCUCACCAUCAUCAUUUUAGACAAAAAAUAGGGCUUGAUUUAUCUGAUGAUGAUGAAACCCAACAUACGACCAAGUUUGAGACUGCAUCUCACCCUCAAGGAUCUGUGGUUGCUCCCAUGGCUGGUUUGGUGGUUAAGGUUGUUGUGAAGGAUGGAUCAAAGGUGGAGGAAGGGCAACCCGUAUUAGUGUUAGAAGCAAUGAAGAUGGAGCAUGUUGUAAAGGCACCAUUAGCUGGCUAUGUUCAUGGGCUUCAAGUCACAGCUGGCCAGCAGGUUUCAGACAGUACUCUUCUUUUCAGCAUUAAGGAUGAAUAAAAUUUCUGAAGUUCUGAUUUUUUUUACUGCUUCAGCAAAACGCCACUACUUAAACAUAUUAAGGGAAUUGGCAAAAAGUUUGUGGCACGAUUAAAAUCCAGAGAUCAAGACGAUGUGUUCCUCAGUAACUAUGUACCUUGGAUAAAAUUCUCAUGCAGGUGGUCUCAUCACUUUAAGAAUCUCAGGUAUAUAAGCUUAAAUUUUCAAGUUAAAAAUGAGUUUUUGUUGCGGUAGUAGUCAUGAAGACCCAAUAUUCUCGUAAGAAAUUGGUUGCUUUCCUGGCAGAUGGAAAGAAAUGUUGAUGUGAUGGAAAAAACCACCCAUUAUUCCUUACUUGUCCAAUUGCCUAAAGCUAUUAUUUUGAUCAACUUUUUUAUUAUUA